AGAAAAUUAGCUGGUAAAACAUUAUUUAUCACCGGCGCGAGCCGUGGCAUUGGAAAAGCCAUUGCGCUGAAGGCAGCUCAAGAUGGAGCAAACAUUGUUAUCGCCGCUAAAACCACCGAACCUCAUCCGAAACUACCUGGAACGAUAUACACUGCAGCAAAAGAAGGUGAUCCUUUUGUUUUCGUUGUUGCUGCAAGACUGUAAUUUUUAUCUGAGACAAUCGUGACAGAAUUAAUGAAAUGCGUGACUUCAAGUGGUGUGAUACAAACAGAUGUCACGAUCAUAAUUUUGCAGAUGUCUGGCUCCUUGAUUUUGUAUGUACUCAAUAAAAUACGCAUUACUUCCUCGAACUGUAGCCGUGGUGACAUUAAUUCAGCGCUGAUUUCUAAGAUCAUCUUUGAUAAACCCUUAAAAAAGUUUUCAUGAUAUUGGUAUGUUAUCCAAACAUUAUUUCUUGCUGCAGUUGAAGAGGCAGGAGGAAAAUGUCUUCCCUGUGCAGUAGAUAUUCGUGAUGAAAACGCCGUCAAUAGUGCAGUACAAGAGGCUGUAAAGACAUUUGGUGGUAUUGACAUACUUGUUAACAAUGCUAGUGCAAUAAGCUUGACAGGGACUUUGGAAACACCAAUGAAAAAGUGAGGCCUUGUUCAAUUUACAAGUAUUUCCAUCGCAAAUUGUCUUAAAUUUUGGUUUAAGAGAAAUAGCUUUUGGAGAUUUAAGUUCAUGUUAAUGAUACUCUGAAUGUAGUCUAUUUUUAUUGAAUGAACACUUGUUAACUACCAUUUUGAAAGUUUUUCCUUAGUUUUUUUCCACUUGUGACCAAUCCUAUGUAACUUACUCUCUAUAGAUAUGAUCUGAUGAAUAAUGUCAAUGUAAGAGGGACAUUCUUGUGGUAAGUGUUGACAAGUUAAACACUUAAUUUAAAUCAGUUUUCUUGUCACUGACUUUUGAUGUACAUCAAGGCCAAAAUGUUUUGCGGAAAAAACUCUAAAAAUGUUAUUGCAUUUAUUUUGUUAGUUCCAAAGCCUGCAUUCCAUAUUUAAAGAAUGCAGAGAAUCCUCACAUUUUAAAUGUGACACCACCUUUAAAUAUCAGACAUGCCUGGUUCAAAGAACAUGUUGGUAAGAAUUUGCAAUUGUGUGUUUUCUAAUUUAUUUUGCUGACAUAUUUAAGCUUGAAGGUCUUUAUUGCUUCUCCAAAAAUAUUGGGUUUGACUAAAAAAGUAGACAGCCUUUUUGUUGGUUUUUUUGUACCAUUCAACUGAACUGUAUCAUCUUCAGCCAUAUGGUGCAAACUGUGUCAGCUCUAACAUAAUUAACCACCUUCAUUUAAGAAGGAAUUUAAACCAGAGGUUUCAAUCCAUUGCCCGGUUUGAAAUCUUUGAAAUCUUGGUGAUAACUCUCUCCUGUGGAUAACCCAUCCUAAAAUCAGACCCAAAAAACUUCCACCACACCUAACACAAGUGUCUGGAGAACAGCAUUUUGUGUUGCAGGUGGGAACGGCAACAAUUGUUGUUUGAUGUUAUCUUUGGUAAUCUGAUGGCUGGUCUUAUGAGAUGGAAGGCUUGUUAUCCAAACAAUAAAUAUUUCUUUUAUGAUUUGUUUCUUUAUCUACCAUAACUUAUUCACAAUUAUUUUAAGGCUACUACUUGUAUUGUAAAAUUCUUGCUGAAUUUAUCUUUGUUGUAGUUAUGAUACUCCAUGAAUGAUUUUUAUAGCAUAUUCAUUGUCUAAGUAUGGAAUGUCAUUAUGUGUCCUUGGGAUGUCUCAAGAAUUCAAGGAUGAUGGGAUUGCAGUAAAUGCACUGUGGCCUAAAAAAGGUUUGAUUAUCUGAUUUUACUGUUCAGUUCCUUGUCUGAAAUGUUAAAGUGCACACAUUAAAAUUUACCCUCAAAAGAAAAUAUUUAGCUUACAGCUGUAAGUCAGUACACCUGAGUAUUACUACCAAACAAAUUAAAGGUUACUCCAUUAAACAGGUAUUGCCACUGUUGCUGUCAUGGUUACUGCAGGGAAACAAGGCUUAGCCUACUGUCGAAUAGACAAGUUUUUUGCUGAUGCUGCAUAUAUCAUGUUGACAAGAGACAGUAAAACAAGGACAGGGGAGUUUCUUUAUGAUGAAGAUGUUCUAAAGGAGGCAGGAAUCACUGACUUUGAACAGUAUUCUUAUAUUCCAGGUAACCUCAUGAAUUUCUGUUAAAAUCUUAACCUCCCUCUUGUGUGCAGUUAAUAUCUUGAGAAGCCAUAUCCUCAUGGUGAGCUCUCUGAAUGACAGAUAAACCGGUCUCUGUCAUAGUCUCAGGGUCAUUGCGUUGUGUUUUUGGGUCAGAAUGUUAACUCUUCGCAAGCGUCUCUCCACCCAGGACCAUAGAAAGGGAUCAGCAUACAGUCAGUCAGAAACCUGACAAAGAGAAGGGGUGUUGAGUGUGCUACAAUGGACUUUCAUCCUGUUCAGAUGAAGUCAUUGGUUGAUUCUAUGAAAAGUAUUGGUCAAUAACAUUCCUUACUCUCUUUACAGCUGGUGCACCAGUGCCAGAUAGUUUUAUUGAUGGUUAUUCCCCCACGCUGCAAAGAAACUCCUCCAAGGAUACCAGGGAAACUUCCUCUCACAGGAGUCAAGUGAGAGGGGUAGUAGACAUUUUUGAUGCUGUUAAAAAUUUUUUGGAUGAAAAUCUUGUUCAGAAAGUGAAUGCAGUCUUUGAGUUUCAUUUAACAGGAAAGGAAGCUGGAGUGUGGUAUCUUGAUCUUAAGAGUGGUACAGGUAAACACUUGAAUUUACUCCAUUGUGUUUAAUGAAAGAGGGGACUGGGCAAGUGACAAAAAAAUUGCUUCCGAAAAAAAAAACAGUUUUGAAAAUAAGAGUUAACAAGUUAUGUUGAAAGAAUGAAGUGAUAAACCAACAAAAGGAAGUAAAGAAAUGAAUGAGUGAGACAUUUACAAACAAACAAGAAAAUUCUCAAACAGAUGUAAAAAAAAAAAACUAGGGAGUAAUGAAGGAUACUUUUAAUUAGUUAAAUGAUCAAACAAGAGUAACUCAUGGGUUUAUUCUCUGACCACCAAAUGAUCCAAAAUGACAAAACCUUAGUACAGGCAAUUACCUGUCACCUACAAGGCAGACAAGCUCUGACAACUGAGAGUUGAUGGUUCAACAAGAUCUGGACAAAAGCUGACUCCUUUUUUAAUCUAUUUCCUUGAGUUUUAUAGGAAGCAGAAACAAAAGCAAAAAUUUGCUCUUCCAGUCUAAUUCUUAUUCACUUAUUCUUUGUUUUCCAUUAACAGGUGAGGUUGGAAGAGGUUCUUUUUCAGGAGAUGAGGUGAACAGUACAGUAAUGUUAGACUCAGAGGAUUUUGUGAAGUUGUUCACUGGCGAACUUAAUCCAGCACAAGCGUAUUUGGGAGGAAAACUCCAGCUUACAGGAAGCAUGCAUAAAUUUAUGAAACUCGAGAAUCAGCUCCUACAAAAGAUGAAAUCCAAAUUAUGAACAUUACUCUUUUUGAGAAGAAUUUAGUCUUGUUCAAAGUAAAAAUAAUAACAAUAAUAGUAAUUAUAUUGAUUGUUAUCAUCACCUCUAUUAUUAUUAUUAUUAUUAUUAAGUAUUGGCAUGUUAGUAUUGGUAUCAUCAUUACUGUUAAAUUGUGUUUAUAGAAUUAAGGACUUUUUUCUAAAGAUGAAGAGGAACAUAUUUAAAUAUUUUCUUGAGGAGUAACUCAUAGUUAAUAAGCUGCAUUAAGGAGAGAGGAAAGUAAUGAAUGAAAGCAAUCUUUGCAGUGAUGAACACUACUGAAUGAACUACGAUCUGCACAGGCCUUGAAUUUUUUUCAUGCCCUAUUUUCACCACCACUUAAGUAGUGUUUACUGCUGCAAAGAUUGCUUUCAUUCAUUUCUUCAUUAAACCACAGUUCACAUGUAUUAGUUUCCUAUAUAUUCACAGAGGAAAGUAAGUAAGGAAGGAAUUGUCACAUUACCAAUCACCAAAGUUUCUGGCAGAAAUCUUUAUCUAAAAGUUUCAUAUAAGGGUACAGGGUGUUUUCAUCUAAGGUUACCCCAAACUGUAUAUUUGAAAUCCUGAACAAAGUAAAUAAAUUUUAAUCAAGUACAUCUAAAGAUACUGGGUAAUUUUGUCCACAGUAAAGUGAGAUAUGUAGGUAAAAAUGUCAUGGUUAUGACAAAGUUACAUCGCUGUUGUUUGUGUUACUCAUUCAUUCUUCCAUCAUUUGGAUCAAAGUGUACAUAUUCAGAGUUCUUUUUACCAGAUGUCAUUAUUUGAAGAAGAGCCUAGGGUUGCUGUUGUCAGUAUUUGUAAUAUUGUCCUGUGGUAUUACCUUCAAUACUUGAUCAAAUAAACAGACAUAAAUUGUGUUGAUAUUCAGUAUUUUGAUAUUUUCUUGGAAAGCUAGGAGUGACCUAGAAUUAAUUCAGUUGUUGUUAUUUAUGUUUGAAAUUCACUUCUCAAACUCAUUAAUAAUUCAUGCUGAUCAACCUUGAAAAUAUGUGAAUUAUCAUAAAAUCUGGUGAACUUUUGCUUUGAUUUUCUCCAAGAAUUAUUAAUGGUUUGAAAAUAUCAAAUCCUUCCCCUUUCUCGGUGUUUGGAUAUCGAUAUCCCUCGUGUUUGAUUAAAAAUAUCCUUCCCCUUUCCUAUGGAUAUCCGGGUUUUUAAAUGCAUUUCAACAGAAAACAGAUAACAUUGUUUCUAGUAUUGAAAUUUCUGACUUGUUCCUGAUAAUUCAAUGUCCGAUUGUUUGAUUACGUCACCGACACAGAUCUUGAGUUAUUUUUGGAAAAAGUUUGUUUUUAACUCGUGACUUUUUGAUUGACAGAUUAAUCAUCGCCAGGGAGUCUGAGUUUGUGACUGGAAAGAUGAUGAAACAACCACAGUUCAGAGUUGCUCAUGUGUUUAUAGAGCCAACAAUUAAUAGUUCUGUCCUCUCUAUUUUUGAGUUUGUCAAUCCAUACUUAAGAUAACUCACUUCACCUAGUAACACCCUGAAUAUCAUCCUUCACUAUUACAAUGGAUAUCAAUGGUGAUCGAUCGCUCUGUUCUAACGUGAGAAUCAACCCCUAUCUUUACAUUCACUUAUGCGCUGACCAACAGUAUUGUGGACUCCUCUCGUGGUGUUGUAUUUAGCAGAAAAAUGCUGAACACGGGGUAGAGUUUUGUCUAUUUUCAGUCUUUCUUCCAACUCUUUAGGAAAAUCAGCUAAAGUUUCUGUUUUAUAACCAAAGUAUCUUUAAAAUCGAUUUCCCUUUAGGAAACUAGCCGGUAAAACUAUAUUUAUUACCGGUGCCAGCCGUGGAAUUGGAAAAGCCAUUGCGCUGAAAGCGGCCAAAGAUGGAGCAAACAUUGUUAUCGCCGCUAAAACUACCGAACCUCAUCCAAAACUGCCUGGAACGAUAUACACUGCAGCAAAAGAAGGUAAAGUCAAAUAUAUUUGCCUUGUUCAUUUACACAUGGGGGUUCGCGUGCCUCGAGGGCAUUGUUUGAAACGCACGAGAAGUGAGGAUGCAGGCAUAUUUGCCACACUACAUGCAGCCCCUGGUAGUAAUUUGUGAACGGCUUGGCUCAGGUUUUACCUUUUUUGAUUGUAUUUUCUCUUCUUUAAGCUUCGAAAGGUAAAAUUAUCUUUAAGUUUGGAUCUUCAAAUCAAGCAACAACUGAAUUGUUAACAACACCCUAAGCCCCCCCCCCAUCCCCUCUCCUCCCCCACUGGGCAACGACCCAAGCCAACUGGUGUAACAGUUAUUGUGUUGAUGUAUUUAAUUACAGUCGAAGAGGCAGGAGGAAAGUGCCUUCCCUGUGCAGUGGAUAUUCGUGAUGAAAAUGCGGUCAAUAGUGCAGUACAAGAGGCUGUAAAGACAUUUGGUGGGAUUGACAUACUUGUCAACAAUGCUAGUGCAAUAAGCUUGACAGGGACUUUGGAAACACCAAUGAAAAAGUGAGAGCAUCUUUUAUUUUUAAAAAAGGAUUGGAGCAUGAAAGAUAUUACUGCUUUAUAAAAUAAAUGGAUUUUAUAGUCAGCUCAUGGCCAUCUUAUGCCCUUUGCCACUGUAGACUAUGGUUUUAAGGUGUUGAACUUUUUUGCUCUUACUUGGUGUAGAAGACACAGUUUAAAUCACACUAUUGUUUUCAUUGUUUUCUUGUUCCCAGUUGUGAUGGAAUUCUAUUGUCUUAUACACCAAGUAAGAGCCAAGUUUUUGUGUUUAAACUUUUUAGAGUCUGUCAUGAGUGGUUCCAAUUUCCAAACCCAAGGAAUGAAUAAUACUACCUCUACUCUCAGUAAAAUUUUUUGGUAACAAAGAAGUAUUAUUAUGAAAAUCAAUCUUUAAAUCAUUUGGAGGGAAAAUAUUUAUUUUUAUGAAAUGUUUAUCACACCUAUCUACAGGUAUGACCUUAUGAACAGCAUUAAUGCACGGGGGACAUAUCUGUGGUGAGUCUCUCCAGUUAGCAUAUAUCAACUUUCAUGGUUAUUGAACAUACUUCCAUCUAUUGUUGUAUAUUUUACAAUUUAUUGGUUAAAUUUUUUAAAGUUGACUCAAAUUUAAAAUUUCUUUGUUCAGAAAUUAGAAUAGAAGAAAAAUUCAUUUCAAUUUAUAAUAUUUUUGAUUCAACCUCUGAGCAUUUCCAAAUUCUUUUAAGUCAUGAAAGGUUCUGAAGUAAAACUUCAUUCAAUAUUCAAUGUCAUAUAUCAUGAAUAAAUGUGGUAAUAACAUUCCUUUAUUUCUUUUCUUUUUGAAAUUUACCAGUGUGUCUUUACCUUUGAGCUUAUCUGCUUUUUUGUAUAUACAUAGAGAUAUUGAUACAUAUAUCUACAAGUUUUGAAUUUGGACAGUUAUUUCCGAUAUCAUGGGUUAUUUUAUUUUCUUAGAGCUUAGACACCUUGUAAAUAUGUUCCAAUACUUGUUAUUAUUAUCUGAUUAUACCUUUAAUUUUUUAUUAUUUGGAAUGUGUUGACAGCUCUCAAGCCUGUCUACCAUAUUUAAAGAUUGGAAAGAAUUCACACAUCUUAAACAUCAGUCCCCCUCUGAACAUGAAUCCUCAUUGGUUCAAAGGUCACGUAGGUUAGUUCAUAAUUUAUCUCCCACUGUCAAUGUUGCUUACACUUUUACACAGCACACCAACUUUGUAAUAAAUUGAAUUAGAGAGACUUUCUAAUUAUAAUUUGGAACACCAUCCAGAUGAUGAUCACUGUGGUCAGAUCUGACUUGUUUCUUAUACCUUCAUUCAAAAAGGAAUUUGAACCAGAGUUAACAAACUGUGGUUUGAAAUCUUGGUGGUUACCCCUCUUCUGUGGGUACUCAUUGUAAACUCAGACCUAGAAAAACUUCCAUCUUACACUCACGACAAGUGUCAUGAGAACAGACACUUUGUAAUACAGGUGGAGACAAAUGUCUUGACUGAUGCAGUCUUUAGUAAUCUGAUGGUUGGUGUUGGUUGAACAAAAUAAAACAGCAAGUAACAAGUGAUAACAUACUGCUAAAAAGGACAAGCAAUUUACCAGGUGCUUUAUCUUUCAACAAGAUAUGUGUCAAUUGUAACUAACCUUUUAACAUAUACCUUUUGAGCUGAACUCUACCAUAAGGAAUUAAUUUUUCAUUGGACAUAAAUAAUUUUGUGAAUAUGAAACUGAUCUUUGCAGUAAUAAACAUUACUUGAGCAGUAGUGAAAAUAAGGCCUGAAAAAAAUCAGGAAAAAAAUUUAGACCUGUAAUAAUUUUAUUUGUUUAGAUUAAAUUGAUAUAUUUAGUGCUUGUGGAAUUUGGCGAUUUUUCAUAUUGAUUCCUUAGUUGCUAUCUGUUUUGUUCUAAGCUUAUACAAUGGCUAAAUAUGGCAUGUCCAUGUGUGUCCUGGGCAUGGCACAAGAAUUCAAGGAUGAUGGGAUUUCAGUUAAUGCACUGUGGCCUAAAACAGGUAAACACAAAACUACAAACCUAACUUGAUCAAUUUUUCGUUAAAAAAUAUUUCUCAAGAGUGGCUUUCAGAGCCAUCAUGACAUACAGUAACUAUAGUGUAACAAAACAACACUCAUUUCAUUGCUUUCUGAAAGUUGUAUUUUUAUUUCAGAAUUUAUUUUUUAUUAUACUGUAUGUUCUUCUGCUUAAAGAAGUAUUCCCUUGAUUCAUUAGCUAUAGCUACAGCUGCUAUGGAGAUGCUGGGUGGUAAAGAAGCUCUUGCUUCCUGUCGCACUGAUCAGAUCAUGGCUGAUGCUGCCUAUGUUGUCCUAACAAGGGAUAGUCGAGCCAGGACUGGAGAGUUUCUUGUUGAUGAAGAUGUACUCAUAGAAGUGGGAGUCACAGAUUUUGAACCUUAUGCCUGUGUGCCAGGUAUGAGUAGUUGAGAGGACAGGGUUACUGGAUUUAGGUUGGGUAUUGGGAAAGAUAAACUUAAAGAAAGGAGGGAUGUUUACUUUGAAGAAUUUUCCUGAACCAUGUUUACUGACUAAUUGGUUUGAUGCUUUGUGUUCUUAAUACAAUAGUGGAAAGUAACCCAUUUAUUUGAUUUGAAGGGAAGACAAAGAUAGACUAAGGCAGCCAUAAGCUAAAAGAUAGGGAAAAAAUCGGCCGUAAAGUCGUUUUGAAAUCGUCAUGCGAGUUGAGGUUCAUAGGUAGACGAUUUCUUUUUAUAUCGUGUCACGCAAUACACCCUAGUCUUGCUUGUGUGACUAUUACCCUCCUUUCAUCACAUUUACAGGAGGCAAACUGUUACCAGACUUCUUCUUGGACGUUGAUGGUUCGGAUGCUAAAAAAAUUAUGGAGGCUCAGAAGACCGCAGAUACUGUUCCACAAGGAAAUAGUGCGGAAGGAGUGGAUGGAAUUUUCGAUAUCAUAAAGAGCUUAUGUAACAAUCAACUUGUUAAUGAAGUGAGGGGAGUGUUCGAGUUUCAUUUAACAGGAAAAGAAGAAGGAGUGUGGUAUAUUGAUCUCCAAAAUGAUGCAGGUAAACAACCCUUAAGAAAAGAUGGUUCGACCAAAGUUCGGACAAUAAUAUGUGAUAUUUUAUGAGGAAGGCACUUUUCGUGCGAAUGCAAAUAUCGAGGGGCUCGCCGGGAACGUCACGCCAUAUUGGUCUUCUCCCCAUAUUUGUUUAAUCAUGCUGCUCUUCAGAAAACGCUAUUUUUCUCGGAGAAAACAUUUAACGCCCCUAGUUUGCGAAAGUAAAGCAAAUUUCUUCCGUAUUCAUGUCAGAAUUCUACGUUCUUUUCGACGCGCUUGAUUUUGUUUUAAUUCGAAAAAAACAUGAAAUCCUCUCUUAACUCUUGUUCUUACCUUUUUUGCCCUUUUUUUUAAGGGUCCCAUUAUUUUCCUCGGUAAUCUUAAUGUAUUUAUGGAAAGAUCAAUACUGUUCUUUACUGUUCCUUUAUUUGUUAUCUUGCUUAUUCCACGGCAAGGUCCAGACAUCGUUAACCUCGUCUCCAGGAUCUCUCACCGGAGCAAGCGAGGGAUUGAAAGAGAGACCCUGGUUACGAGGUAAAUGCUACUUUUAUCAUUUAUCCACAGGAUCUGCUGGUAAAGGAUCUUGUCCAGGAGGUAAAGCAAACUGUACAAUGACCCUAGGCUCGGACGAUUUUGUUAAGAUGUUUAAGGGUCAGAUGAAUCCAACUCAGGCGUUCAUGGGAGGAAAACUGAAAAUUAAGGGAGACAUGAUGAUGGCAAUGAAAUUUGAAAAGAUGAUGGGAGCGAUGAAAUCCAAGCUCUAA